AUGGGUGGUCCGGUGGCCAGGGAGCAGAGCUCCGGUGGCGCACUGGUGGCUGGGCGACGGCCGGGUGGCGGCCCAGUGGUGGCUGGUCGGAAAAAAGGGUCGAGGAGCCAGAGUAGCGGGUGGCUGGAAGCGGCGGCGGGGGCUAGGGAGGAGGCUGGGGGCUGCAGACGGCGGCGGGCCGGCCGGGCGGCGGGAAGGCCAGGGAGCUGGGCGCCUGGCAGUGCAGUGGGGCCAGGCUGGGCGGUGGCAGCAAAGCUAGGUGGAGCGGCAGGGCCAGGCUGGGCGGCGUGCGGGGGACCGAGAUCUGCAUGGUCGGCGAGGAUCGAGACCGGGAGCUGCAUGGCUGGCGGGGGCCGAAGAUUGGGCCGAUGGCGGGGGCCACAGGGGCCGAACUGA